AUGAAAUUCUUGGCAGUGAUUUUAUGUAUUCAGUAUUUUACAUUGGUAUAUUCUUCUGGACAAUAUUUACUUUCUUCUUCGUACUUCAUUAAACAAGGGCAUGUUUCCGAAACCACGGAUCUAGGUGUUUUCGCGGUUUACAAACUCGAAAUUCCGUCUCUUGUAGAGUGUGCAUUGCAGUGUGGAAUGCACUUCCUUUGUAACGCCUUUGACCUUUGCUUUCUUAAAGGUUUGUACAUUUGUCGAUUCCGCAGUGGACAUGCAAACCUUACAAACGCCACUACACAAUGUGAACUUUUUGAAAAUACAACUAACAAAAGCUGCCACAAUGGAGCACUCUUAGGAGCUCAAGGACCGUGUGAGAUCAUUCUGCCGAACAUUGCAUUACGUAAACCUGCCGAACAAUCAUCAACACAUUUUGACUAUAACGCCACGUAUGCAGUGGAUGGCAACAGAGGAACAAAUAUUGGUGUAGACAAGUGUACAGUUACACGUGAUGGCGACAAAUAUCCCUGGUGGAGGGUUGAUCUGCAGGCUGUGUAUACCAUAACAUCUGUCAGAAUACUCAACAGAGAAAUAGAUAAUUUAUACGGAACAGAUAUGUCAUUUCGGCUGCAUGAUGUUACCGUCACUGUAGGACUGACAGAAUCAGACAUCAGCACUCCUUGUGGUUUCUUUGCUGGUCCCGGUACUGCGUCACAGCUGGUCGUCAUCGAUUGUCCGACAUCAACACAGGGGAGAUUCGUAAAGAUCUCCAAGACAACAGAGGCCCUCACUCUGUGUGAAGUUGACGUGUGUGGCGUCCCCGUCUAA